CUUCUAGUAACCACUAGAGGCGUAGUAGUGUAAACAUGGCUGUAUCCGAUCAAUGAAAUCGUAGUACGUGAAUGUGUAAAGUAGUGUGUCGUGAAAUUAUGACUCAUAAAUAAAUAAAAAAUCAAACAAAGGGCUAUGGGCAAAGACCAAGAACUUUUGGAGGCCGCUAGGAAGGGUAAUGUUGCAGUUGUCGAGAAAAUACUCGGUCAAAGAGCGAAAAGGAGUGGUCCACUAGCAAGUCUCCGGAGAGGUCCAGGAGCAAAUGUCCAAGAUAGUAGCGGCUAUUCCGCUCUACAUCAUGCCGCUCUAAACGGACAUAAAGAAAUAGUGAAAUUGCUCCUCGAACACGAUGCUUCAACUAAUAUUGUUGAUAGCAAAGGGUCCUCGCCUCUCCAUCUGGCUGCUUGGUCUGGCAAUGUUGAUAUUGUCCGGUUGUUAUUAUCGGGUCCAUCCAUGUGCAAUGUCAACUUAACGAAUAAAAAUGACGAAACUGCCCUACACUGUGCUGCUCAAUACGGUCACACUCAAGUCGUUAGCCUUUUGCUUGAACACGCGUGCGAUCCGGGAAUUAGGAACUGUCGAGGCGAGACUGCACUGGAACUGGCGGCCCAAUACGGAAGAUUAGAUACGGUGGAGCUGCUGGUUAGAACAGAUCCAUCUCUAAUCCAAUGUUUGAAGAGGACUACUCCAGAUACCGUUUUUCCUCACACACCACUCCAUCUCGCCAGUAGGAAUGGUCAUAAAGCUGUGGUGGAAGUACUUCUUCGGGCAGGCUUUAACGUCAACAUGCGUACCAAGGCUGGUACUGCUUUGCACGAAGCGGCCCUAUGCGGUAAAGUGGAAGUCGUACGUACUCUACUUGAACACGGCGUCAAUACGUCCAUUAGGGAUUCAAAUAAUUACACCGUUAUGGAUUUGCUCAGUCAGUUUAAUACGGCGCAGGCUUCGCAAGAAAUCAUACAAAUUUUGAAACGUCACAAGAGGGGGUUACCGUUAGUAGAUAGCGAUGGAGAGAGUGUCAGUCAUCCUUUUCCAACUGUGCCAAAUACAGAUUCAGAUUUAGGUAGUCCUUAUGAAAACGUACGACCGUCGUCUAAAAACGCACGAUCGGUCACUACGGACCCUUCGCCCGGAACCUCGCCCCAACGGUGGGGUGAUUUCCUCCAAAGACAUGCACGACCUCCCGAAGGCUUUGAUGAUAGGAGGGUGUCCGGAGUGUCUGGAAUAUCUAUCAUGAACCACAGAAAUGCACCAUCACGAGAUGUAAACCAAAACGAAGACACUUAUGUACCAAUGACAAACUUAAGAAUGCGUAAUACCAAGCCUUACCAGAGCCUGCCAAUCAUGAAACGCACGAAACCUAGAUCGAUAUUAGAUGUUUGUCCGCUGGAUGGCAUUACUUUUAAUUUCAAAGAACAGUUAGACCUGCGCAAAACAAGCACGACAUCAACCACUUCAUAUCAUUCUGCGACAUCUUGUGGAUUCCAUAGUAACUCUGAUUCUUCCAGGGAAUCAGAUAAUAGUUUGUAUCAAAUACCGUGCGUUCCCAAGCAGUUCAUGGAUUCCAGCCAUCAUUCGGAAGACUUCAAUUAUUUAAGCGCUAGUAGGGAAUCUGAUCAAAUCAGCAUAUCUAGUACGGCCAGUAGUUGCGGAUACUAUCCUAAAAGGCCUGAUAGUGGCGGUAUACCACUUUAUAUUCCUAUGAAUAAUCCUAAAGGAGGACAUAGUCCUGGAUCGAAUAAUAAAGUUUCUCCGACACCUCCUAAAAAACCUCCUCGUCGUAACAUAUCAAUAUCCCCUACCCAUAUCCAACCAAUGUCAAUGUCAGUGGACGGAGUUAGCAAUAACGCUUACGAGUACCUGUUUUUGGCACACAGUGGUACCAGGAGCCAAGGAAAUCUUAACGAUUUCGAUAAGGAGAACAGAAGAGAAAAGUUGAGUCACGGGAGAAGUAUGGAUCAAUAUGUCGAGAUGAAUGUGUUCAAUAUUGCUUUGGAUGAUGAACCUGAGAGACCGAGAAGUGAAUUACAAAGAGGUAAAAGUGAAGAUUUGGACAGUAGGAAAAAACACGAACCAAUAGCAAUCACGUCAAUGUACGAAAAUAUGAUAAUCAAACAACAAAAUCCGCGAAGAAAACUUCGUAGACAUCCGGAAGUAUACGAAGAGUAUUAUUUUCCUAGGAAACAUAAAGAAGAACCAUUGGCAAGUUCGUCAGCACCUGAGACUAAUUUUGUUUCUAGUGCGUUUAUCAUGAUAUCAGACGAGAACGGCGAAAAUAUAAGUCGUUCCGGAAAAUCGGAAAAGAAGAUGACGCGAAACGAACUUUAUCCGCUGUCUCCGACACAUUACAAUCAACCUCCGACGCCGGAUCAUCCGCCUCCUUCUGCAAUGCAAGCCGAAAGUAUUAUUUACGACAAAAUUCGUCCUUUAAGUCAGUGGAAAACACGGUCUGCAGUUGUAAAAAGGCAUGCUAGUCUCCCAACUUUAACAUUUACCAUUUAUAAAAAAAAUCCUUCGUGGAUCCACCAGGAAUACAAAAGAAGAUCCAAGGAUAUGGAGACAGAAACUGAAGAUGAAUAUCUGUUAAUCUACGAUGGCUCUAGCGGCAGUUUUUCUAGCAGCGUUUCAUUGUCUGACAGAAGUGUCGAUAAUAUUUUAGAAGAAUACAAUUCGAAAGUUCCUUUCGCUGGUCUAAUCAAAGGUGCAGCAAUUAAAGUUUUGGAAAACAUCAAUCCGAAUACUCCAGUUGAACGCCCGAAGACCCUAAAAAAAUUGAAACGUUUUUACGAUAACACGAACGGAGAUGGAAUUAAAAGCGACAAUGAGAAAUCCUCGAGCUCAGAAAAGGAAUUCGAUAACAAGGAAAAUAAAGAAAAUAAGGAACAAUACAAAGAGCGCGUAUCUGCCUUGAGCCCUUUCGAUGAACAGGAGGAAUGGGCUAAAAUCCAAGAGAUAAUGGCGUCCUUUGGCACUGGAAUCGUACGUGAAUCUGUUUUUGUGGCCGAAUUAGAAAAGGAAUUCCAGAGUAGGUUAAUGACAAUAAGCUGUUCACAACACAGUUUAGCUAAUUCCUCGGGGGAUAGUCCCACUACGGUAGAGAAGUGGCUACAGGGACUGGGGAUGGGGGAUUAUGUCGGACUUUUCAUGAGCAAUGGAUUCGAUGAUUUGAAUUUCUUGAAUGGUGUGAUAGAAGAAAGCGACAUCAAAGAAAUGGGCAUCACUAGCGAACUAGAACAACAACUUCUUUUAGAUGCAAUAAAAAGUUUACCAACAAAAAUUACCGAAAAUUCUUUGAACGUUUGCAAUAAUAAUAACGAACAAAAUUCUGUAAAAUCUUGGUUAAUUAAAAUUAAUUUGGAACAGUAUUACGAUACAUUCGUUAAACAUUUAUAUCACGAUAUGGAAAGAGUUAAGAGAAUAUGGGAUGUAGAAUUGUCGGCUGUACUUGAUAUAGAAAAAAUUGGACACAGAAAAAGGAUAUUAGUCAGCGUGAGCAGCGGAGAACAUAUCAUUGCUGGUCCUAAAUUAGAAGCCAUCACGGAGUUCAGUUCACUGAAAAGUAGUCAACCUCUACCCGAACUUCCGUCACCUUCAACCUAUUCAGUGAAUAGUAAUACAGGAACUAUUCGACAUCGGCAUAAAAAAUCUAGACCGGCACCACAACCACCGGUUAAAAGGGAGCAGGAGAAGAAAUCGCCGACAGAAAUUUACGUCGGCGGCAAUAAUUCCAUAAAAUCACAAUGGAGGCAUCAACCGAUUCUUCUUAUUACGGGUUUUGUUAAGUAUACUGCCAAUUAUUUAGGUUCAACAUUGAUAAAGGAAUUUAAAGGUACAGAAUCUACGAAAAACUCAAUACAAACUGUGAUAAAUUCCAAAGAUCAUCCCAGCGAAGAAAUAUGCCUUUCGGUUUCAUACAAGGGUGUUAAAUUCAUCAACCCAACAGCAAAGAAAAUAAUAUGUGAACACGAGAUUAAAAAUAUGAAUUGCGUUUGUCAACAUAUGGAGAGCCAGUCAUACUUCGCUUACAUCACAAAAGAUUCUGAAUCAUUUUACUGUCAUGUAUUCCAAGCAGUUUCAUCGGAACAAGCCAUCGACAUCAUUCUUACUCUCGGCCAAGCCUUCGAACUAGCUUAUCAAAUGGCAGUUAGAGAUCAAGUUACAAGUAAAAGCAAAUCGCAAAAAGAUACCAUCCACAAAACUGCGGUGAGUCCUAGUGCGAUGUCUUCGAACAGCAGAGAAUUCAAAGAUACUACACGUCACGUUGAUGUUAAAUUAAACGGACAUCCUCUGAAGAUGAUGCCAUUGACACUUUCCAUAGCCGCGGAACCCGGAGGAGAAAACACCUUACAAACAACGCCCAAUAAAAAGAAGUACCAAAGACUCUUCCCGAACUUUAAUACUCAAAUUUCAACCAUUUUCAUUGAUAGGCCUUGUAAAGUGGUAGAUGGAUAUGGGAAGAUGUAUUUGGAGUAGAAUCUCUUUACCAAGUAAAGGUUAUUGAAAGAUCAACGAACGAAUAAUCUUAAAAUUGUAAUAACAAACAUUUCUAAUAUCUUAUAAUUAAUUUUUUUUUCAUCCUAAUAUCUUCUAUGUAGAUAUCAGCUUUGAUUAAUUAAUGAUAUAUUUAAUUGGAUAAGAAUAUUGAGACAUUGAGGAACAGCGGAUUUUGCAUUCAAUUGAAACAGAACUAAGGGUGUCAAUUGCAAUGAUAUGAGAUCAAUGGUUAGAAUGUAUCCUUGUGGAGGUGCCUCCUAUUCAUUUUGAAAGGAUUGCUUUAAAAACUAAAUAUGUAAAGAUUCUCGUUCUGAUCAAGACAUUUGAGGUAGGAGUCGAUAUCUUAGCAAAAACUUUGAUUCAUUACCUGACGUGCCAGAUAUGAUUUAUUAGUACAAUAUUUCUUAUUCACGCCUGAAAUAUAAUCCAAAUGUUUCUAAAUCAUCUAAAACUUUUGAAUUAUUUGUUUUUUACCUCAAUUAUAAUUCCUCCUCCAAUUUCAACGUUCGACAAUAUUGUAUAAACUAUUUCACAAUCUACCUUACAGCACCAAUUCUAUUCUAGUUUUUAGCUCAUAGCAUCAUACAGGAUUAACUAUCAAUAUUGAUUUGUAUUGUUUAAUGAAAUUAAUAGAAAAUUCACCAAAACAAAUGCCAAAAUUUUUACCUUGUAUGCAGGGUUUUGAGAGAGUCGGUUUGUGAACGUUGACCAUAUUAAUAGUAUUUAACAUAAUAUAUAUUUAAUACCAUGUUUAUAUUAUACUCAAAAUUAAUUUAAAUAAUUAUAUAUAUGCGAGUGUAAUAUACGCUUCGUCCGCUGAUUGUUACUUUUUUUGGUAGCCUGAUAAUCGCAGGAAAUGCAAAUAAGGUUGUUAUAAAGAAAUAACCAAAAACAACUAAAAAUCACAGUGGAAUAAACAACUCUAGAAAAAGAAAAAGUCUAUAUAUAUAUUAGGAUAAAACAAGAAUAAGAUUGCCAAGGAUACAAAAUAACUGAUAUCAUUAACAAAGAAAAAAAUCAAUCCGACCCGUGGAAAGACAGAUAACUGGCAGACAGCAGAACAAAUAACUGGAUCGGUAACGAAUCAAAUAUAAAGGACAAAGUUGAUGUGGAAAUUCAUCUUAAGACAAAAAGAUAUUAAUACAAUAGAGAUGGAAAAGGACACAUCAUUCUAAGAUAGAAAACCCUGGAUAAAGGUAAAAGAGAGUAUAUAUAUUGAUAUGGGUCCCAUUCAAUUGAAUAGUAAUCAUCAAGUUCCAUAGAAACCUCUAGGAAUCAAGAAAAACUCUUACGGGGAGAAAUUCUUAGAUCAAGAAAAUGUGUGGAGAUUGAGUGAGUCUUGGGCAAGAUGUGAAUGGGAUUAUUGUGGAACUGGAAUUGUUACUUGUUGUCUCUAUUGGUUGAUUGAAGUUGUUAAAGUAAGACAAAAAAUUUUUAUGGUUAUUAACAUUCCACCGACUCUCAUUGCUCAUUACAUAGUAUUGGGAAAUAAUUUACCUACUUAACAUUUCAAAGUAAACACUUUAACCAUUUUAUUUCCAAUGUAAUGAUGUAAAUUUCAAUAGAACUUCAAACUCAGAGUAUACUACUCAUUGGAAUUUAGAGAAAAUGAAGUGGAUAACAAUGGUAGUUUAUUACUCACUGUUAUCUUCUGCCACAUCAAUGAAACAAUAGCUCUCAAAUACAAUUAUCAAGCAUUUUAAGAAAACAGCUGAUUUAUGUCAAAAUGACGGCCGUGGGGUAAACAAUUGACUGCCUCGUAUGUACCCGUGCUAGAUUUUCUUGUUUUUGUUUGGUAGUAUUGUUUUUUGUGUUGUGAUGACCCACAGAUACUUUUUAGAUCUAUUUCAGUGAACUCCUACAGCUGAAACAGCGUAUUUUUGAAGAAUAUUUCACAAAAUUUAGAAUACUUAGUUUUAUUUUGUAAAUUAAUUUCCAUUGGUGGGUUCAAGUUCAUUAAAAAUGCGUGAGUAUAUUUUAAGGUUUCAAAGUGAUAACCCAGUAGCAUCUGAAAGUACAAGGAUAAACUUAAAGCUUUAGGUGGACUUUCAUGAGAUAAAAUGAACUUUAGUCAGAAUCCUGCUUAUUUUAUUUCAGUUUGCAAUAUAUUUGCUUUUCAGACUAUAUCUACCGCUUACCUUCACUAAGCAGAACAGCCAUGUUUCCGGGAGGAAAUUCCGCAUUUCUCUAAUAAGUUACUCUUUAAGAAGUCAUUUCGCAAUGAAACUGGGUCUAAAAUUCCAUUUCACAAUCCACACAGAAACUUACGGGAUUUGUUUACCCCACGGCGGACAUUUUUAAAUUGAUUUUGAUAAUUAGUUAGAUUGCUCAAUUGAUUAAUAUAAAUAUAAAUAAGUUGUCAAGUCAUAUUUUGAUAAAGACCGAACUAGGUUCUAUCAAACGAGAUCUAAAACGAAGACGAUUUAUCAACAAAAACAUAUAAAAGUAUUUAAGAAGUAAGAAAUUGUAGAAAAAUGCAAUAAAUAUACACAAUUUUCAUGAUUUUAUAUGGAAAUUCUAAAUUGUACAAUUUUUUGCGAUGUAUAGUACAGGUAAAAUAGGAUUAAAUACGAAAUUAAAUUGGGCGCUAUUGAUUUUCUAGUCUCAGAGGUUUUCGGUUACUAAAUAAACCUAGCAACUCUUAAUAAAAUUACAGGCACGGGUUUUCGAAAUUUUGGAACGCGAAUAACUCGAAAGCUAAAAAGAAUUCGAAAAAAACUGCCCGGACAAAAAAUGUAGAGCAUAAAAUUUUCUAAAAAAAAAGUCUGUAAUCAUUUUUUCUUUGGAGCCUCAACGCCUAAAGCUGGAGCAGUCAAUUUAUGUUCCAGGCGCACAUGGAAACUGCUGUAACUCUUGGAAAACUACGUUGUUAUCAAUAUUUUUCAAGUAUAUUUCACACAUGAAUUACUUCUUGGUUUAAAAUGAAUUACCUAUUAAAAUACGAGAUUAUCUUCGUUCUUGGUUGAUUAUUAUUCCAAUAUUCACAGACUUCUCAACAGUUUAUUUUUCCCAAAAAUGUUGGUACUCAUUUUGUGCUCUACAGUUUUGGCUUCGGCAUUUUUUUUCGAAUUCUACGUAGCGAUUCAAAAGAUUUUAUAAUGGAAAUUUUGAGGUUAAGAAAAAAUUGAAACCUUAUUUGUACAGAAUGUUGUGCUCCACAUUUUUUGUCCCGGCAGUUUGUGUCUAAAUCCUAAAUAGUUUUCGAGUUAUCCGAAAUUCAAAAUGUUUUUGGGUACAUGAACCUAUUUUACGGUGAAAAUUUUGAUUUUAGGUAAAAACUAAUACUAGUAUACAUUUUUUGAAACAAUAUCUCAGCAAAUGUAAAUACACAAACAAUAAGAGAAAGAGUCACUUAAACAUUUUUGAAAAGCAGGCUGGACAUUUACUGAAUCUCUUAUUAUAAUUGAAAUAUUAAAAUUUACAUUAGAUUGGAAGUAAGUUGACGAGAGGUUCUGAUUUUGAAAUUUUUAUGUACUAUAAAACUUUUUCCAAUACUGUGUUGUUUAUUAUCAUUGUUUGUUGUUUGAAAAUGUAGAAAUCAUCACAUUCUUCAUCCAUAACUUUAUAGUAAUAUGAAAAAUAUAUUUAAAACAUUAGUUAUUUUUUUAUAUUAAUUUGUUGAAAAUUAUUUCAAUAUAAAAUUGUUUAUUUAAACUCUAUAUUAUAAUCUUGCCAAAGCGUAUUUUUUAUAAACCAAAGACAAAUUGAUAGAUACUGUGUAAUCCUGUUCAAAAGAUUAUUUUGAAAAUUUCUAUUAAUAUUUUAGACAUAAGUUAAUUUCAAAUUGCUCAAUGACUUAACUUCUUAUAUUUAGGGAGCAAUAGAUAAGGAUUCUUUAAAUGCUUAUUUACAGAAAUACCACAAGUAACCAUUUGUAUUUGAAAUAUUAAACAUAUUCUUCCAUUUUCUAUUUAUUAUCUAAGUAUUUAUAAUAUAUUGAAUUAAAUUACUGUAUAUACAACGUUAGAAAAUUACCGGGUAGUUCAAACAUCUGAUACUAACAUCAUAUAAUUUUUAUGAAAUAAAUUCUGGGACUAAAAGCUACUUAAUUAGUCCUAACCUAGUUUUUAUAUUUUCCGUAUCACUCAGUAGCUGGUGGUUAAUCAGAAACAAUUAAAGACUAUGAUUUAUUGCAAAAAUAUAAUUUUUGUUACACAUUAAUCCAGCCACCACUAUGAUCUAUAUUAUGAAUGGAAGAUAUGUGAUCGAGAAACAGCGUUUGAAAUACUCGGUAUAUUAUUAAUAAUAUUAUAGAGGCUUUAAAAGUUAUAUAGCAGGGUUAAAAUAUUAUCAGUGUGGAAAAUUAAAAAUUUACUUUGAUAAAAAUCGAAUUAUUAUGCAUUCAAAAUGCUUAAAGUUGAUUUAAAGGUUCGAGAAUUUUAGCUCUACAUGUGUGUUGGAAUCAUAAAUGGUCUAAAGUUCUGAUAAUUAAUCAUUCAAUAUUAAACAAACAUCAACAAGAUCAAUCUUCGAGUAAAAUACCGAACUACGCAGUUUUAUCUGAUGUAACGUUUGGCAUAUAUUGAUUCAAUAUGUUAUUGGUGAAAUUAUUUUAACACGAUAAGGAGGAUAAUUCUUCCAAACAAGGUACCAUUGGUAAUGAAAAUUUUAUGACAAUGAGUACCUACUAACUUUGAAAAUCUCAGUCAACUCCUUCGACAUAAGAUUAGGAAAUAAAAGACAACAAAAGUUAAUUGAUGAGAUGACAUUUCUAAAAAAUUAUUCUACAUUUUACAUAAUAUCGCAAUACAAAAAAUCAGGAACAAAAAAAUGAUGAGAUCAAGUUUUUUGGUGAAGAAAAUGAUAUCUUAGUUAAAAUAGACAUUGAAAACACUAAAUUUCAUGAAAAGACGUCCAGAAAGCCUUUAAGAGGUUUGACAAAUAAGUAAAGAUUCAGUAACAACGUGAUCCCCUUGAAAGUAAUUCCCUUCCACGUGAAUAAAUCGAUUCCAGUGAUUUUUGCAGGCAUUUGUAGUUUUUGACUGGAAUUUCUAACACCACAAUCGUUACAGUGGAUUAGGAUGUUUACAUUCUAUUCAUAAUGCGUUCUUCUACGACGUUGUAUGUUUUGGGGAUCAGAAAUAAGUCUCAGUGCGAUAGAUCCAGUGAAUAAAGUGGCUGUAGUAACACUGUAAUGUUUCUGGAAGCUACAUCACAUCCAGAGCAUAGUUAUGAUGUAGCACGCGAUGUUUGGGCGCACUCUAUUUAUUUUUUUCGUUUAUUAAGUACUUUGUGAGAAAAUAAUUGAUUCACAAAUUGGUACGUGCUUCUUAUGAACCACGUAGUUGUUAAAGAAAUAGAUGAGCUUCGUUUUCAGUUUCGAUUUGCUCAUGCCAGCUUUUUUUAAGUAUUGCAUCAUUUUAUUGACUGUGGCGCUUCAAUAUGUAUAGUUCUAGAAAAACAAACUUUCAUCACCUGUACUAAUACUAUUUUUCUUCCAAACAGUCUUCUACGAUUGAAAUUCGAUGUUGUUUUAGUUUUUCUGAAAGAUAUUUCGAAGCCCUUUAUUUACAAAGUUUAUUUAGUAUAUCUGGCAUGUACUAAUUUAUUUCUAGUUGAAAAAUACUCAUGACUUUCUACAAGUGCUCCUCAACUGCAACUCAAAUAAUUAAAGAUUAUUAUACUGUUUUGGUGACUAUCCCGUUAAUUUACCCAUAUUCCACAAAAUCUUGAAAUGUGUUCAUUUUACUUGCUUGGGUUUUCUUCUUAAGACAAUUUUAUUUAAUGAGCGCAAACUAAUUUGCGCAUCAAUUAAAGUCUAUUUAUCUAAGAAAUAUAGUAAAUCAAAACAAUGAUCAGUGCAUGAUCAGCACGUGAACAUCCCGGGCGAUUAGCGGCACUGCAUCGUAUUAUAAUACUGCAGUGAGAUUUAUAUUUGUCUGUUACAUAAUGCAUAAUGUCUGAUACGGAGACAAAUUAUGAAGCUAUUGACAUUAGCUAACUUCGCCUAAGGAGAGAAUUAAAAAUGUUCAUUUUAACGUUAGCGAAAAACAAAUGAUUGUGAAUAUUUAUAAAAAUGAAAUGCAAGAAAAUGAUAACAGACUGUUGAUGACGUUAUUUCUGAAACGGCGAAUUUUUCGGGAGUAUCUUCUUAAAUAUUAAAGUGUCCACCGAAAUAAAACAUAUUUUUCAUGAAGAUAUUAAAUAAAUUACUCUUGAUGAAUGGAAAAAGUGUAUUUAAUUUGUCUAGAAGAAGGUUGAAACCAAAAUGUGGAGCCCCUUAUUAUAAAUGUUGAUGUCAAUGGGAGCUCAAUGUCAUCUGAUUGGGAAUAAGAAAAUGUGUUUAUUGAGGUAGAUAAUGAAUAUUUUCUUUUAAUGUUUCAAUAUACAUAUUUUCUUCUUUCUCAAAAUGAUAAAUAGAUGUAUACAUAUUUUUUUAUUAAGGUUUUUAUAGUUAGUUAUAGAAACUAGCAAUAUGUAGUAUUUUUUUCGCAGUUUGUUGAAAGACUGAACGGAGAUCAGAACUUUAGAACAUUGCAUAUAUUUAGUAUCUAUUGUGAAGAAAGAAAGAUACGAACAAACUAAUUGAAAAAUUUGUCAAAUUUUUAUAAUCAAAUUUUAAUAUUUAAACUUGUACACGUGAAUAAGAUCAUCAAUUUAUUCUAUGGAUUAUUAAUUUUCGAUAAACCGUAGUUUACACAAUAAAACAAGUUCAGGUUAGAUAUUUAAUACUUGUUUACACUUACAAUGAAAGAUUUCGCUAAGAACUACUGUAUACAAAGACAAAUUUAGUAGGAACCAAUUUUCUAUUUCGUCAAUACUUACUCGUACUAUAGCUGGUUAUUUAUUUUUAUCUGGAUAUUCAAUACACAUGAAAACUGAGCAUCCAGAGGUAGUAUCCAGUAUUUCACCAGAGAAUUUUUUUGCUUGAGAAACAAAGUGUGUUAAAACGAAAAUAGUUUUAACAAAAAGAAAAACUAAAUAUACGUAUUAUACCUUCAAAAUUGGGCUUCUUUCAAGUGGUUUAAAUGCAGUUUCUAGUAAUGGAAAAUGUCUUAUAAUUUUUAUAAGACUGUUUAAAUAUAUUCGCUCUAUAUUCAUUGAGAGAAUUGUAUGAGAAUAUAACUCAGAUGUAUUUGAAAACUGGUUUUCCUUUAUAAUGACUAGAAUCAGGAUUCGGAAUUACGGAGAUUGCGGCCUACUCUAGUAAUUCGCCCUAAGAAAUUCGAAAGUUAGAUAUUGGAAAGCGGUUACCAUUGCCGGAAAUCAAUGUAGGGAUUAACUUAAAAAAAAACAUCAACAAAUUGGUAAACAAAUUUAGUGAGUUUUGAGAAUAUAAGACUUAAUUUUAUCGGAAAUACCUUGCAGUAAUUUUAGUUUGUAAUAUGUACACUAUCAUACAUAACUCAGAAAUUAUUGCAAUUAGCUAUAGAGAACAUUGCAUCAAAAUGUAUUUCGGUUUCAAAUAACAGAAAAUACCAUUGGUUUAAUUAGAAAUAACAAAAUUAUUUAUAUCUCCAGAAAAACAGAAGAUCUGACAGCAGUGUAUACCACAAUAACAUUAUCCAUAUUGUAAAACAACAGGUAGAUUUUGAAAAUGAGAUAACAAAGUUUACAGUCAACGAUAUUAGUAAUGUUACAGUCAAUUCGAGUGGAAUAACACUAUUCGAUAUUUUUUAAAUUGUAUAAUGCUUGCUGAAAGAAUCUACAAAUGUUUUGUUUCUCUGAACAAUUCUAAAAACUUCUUUAUCUAAUUGUUGAAAUGAAAAUGUCGUCAUAUUACUAGAAAGAUCUAUAUUAACGGAUUCUUAGAGGCGGGAAUGUAUGAAAUAUCCACACACAUGAAUUUCGUAUCCUACCACAGCUGCAGAUAGUAAUGAUAAAAAAUUACCAUCGCAUGAAUUUUGUAAUAAGUCAACGUAUACCGGUAUUUUAGAGCUGCAGAGCUUAUUGGGUUAAAAUGGCUGAAAGAUAUAAUCAUUUUAGGUUAAGAGGGAACCGGAAGCAACUUUGUAUGAUUCUUUUUCUGUCGUCGGCUAUUUGGCUGACGAUGGAGUUCAUCAGAUCAGUGUUCUCAAUAAGUUAUAUCAGAGCAUGAUAAGUUCAAUACAAAGCGUGUUAUAUUUAUCUGUAGUUAUGUCACCAAUAGAGAACAGAGAUAAAUAAAUGUUUCCAAAUUGAUUAGAUGUUUAAUUAACCAGAUGUUUUUAUUUACGUGUACGAAAAGCCUUUAUUUACAAUAGUAUAUACACUUUUAAUACAUAAUAUGCUUUCGUUUUAUAAAUAUGACUGCGCAAAAUCGUUUUAUUGUUACCUUUAUGUGAUUUAUCCUUGUGUAAUUAAUUUUAUAUUUUUGUUACAAUUUACCUAUUCUCAGUUAUUUUAAAUAAAAUAAAUAUGAAUUUA